UUAGCAGUAUGAGGAUGUUUAAUGUACAAAAAGCCCUUGGCCGUGCUGAGUCAGUGGUCGAUGCAUGCUUGCAGUGUGAUUCUUCUAGGUUGUGAAUCACGAUGUUGAUGUUUGAGUUCAUUGCUGAAGCUCAUGUUUAUGCACAAUUUUCUUGUUACGGUUGAAUGAGAAAACUUGUGCUUAGAGAAGCAUGAUGAGAUCUGUCUGUGGCUACGCUGGCAAAUUUGCUGGUAGAUUAUGGAUGAAGUUCCCAUGGAAUGAUAUGUCAAUUUUGCCUCCAUUGGCAUGUUCAAAUUACUCAGUGUGCAGGAAUUUAGGAGCACAGGAAGUCGAGCGAAAGACGCAGCUAGCGAAAAGGAUGACACGAAGAGAGUCGACGAGCUCUAUGCGUUCGAGGGACGAGAUGUUGCGGAACAGUACGCUGGCGAAUGAGAAGGAAGCGCGCAGCGGUUCUGAGGGACAAGAAGCCGAAGCGAAAAGACACUCGAAAAGGCCAGAAAAUGAGUUCGGGUUAUUCACCCCUCUAGCCGGCAGCCAAGGGAUCAAUAAUUGGUAUCAGAGCAAGGACACUUUAAGAGAACUAACCACCGAUCAAAGCACAAGAGAUGACCGGACUGAGCAUCUAUCCACUGAAGUUUGAGGAGGAAUUCGUGAACUAGAAGAAAAAGAUGGAGGUAUUCUUUAAGAUAGAUUUUGAUUUAUUACUAAUUAUAAAAUCUGAUUUUGUAACACCAGAGGGCAAAGAGGAAUACCAAUAGAUAAAAAAGGAGUAACUCGACUUUGUGGCAAACGGCAAAGCAGAAUUUUAUUUGCUUAGCUUUUUAUCACCUCAAGAAGUCAACCGGAUCAGAGCCUACGAGUCAGCCAAGGAGCUCUUGGAGAAAUUCCUGAAACUACAUAAAGGGACCUCAAAGGCAAAAUUAGCGAGACGAUAUUUGCUUCGGAACGAGAUCAGCAACCUCCGAUUAAAAAUGGAUGAAUCAAAAUCUGAAACUUCCCUCAAUGAUGACGAAACGACGUUCAUGGUAAGGAAGGUUAUUUAAAACUAAUAAAUUUAAUCAAGUGCAGGAUAAAAGAAGAAGAAAUGUAAGAUACUAGUACUACAAUGAAGAAGGGCAUGUGAAAGAUAAUUGCCUUAAAUUAAAAAGCAAGGACAAGGACAAGGACAAGAGCAAGGACAAAAGACCAGUCCAAACAAAGCAUCGAAAUCUAAAGGUGACGUGGGAUGAAACGUCGUCCGAGUUAGAGAUCGAAGCCAUUACCGGACUUACGCUAAUGGCAAGUCACUAAGAAGAUGAAGACGGAGCAAGCUCAUCCGAAAUGAAUAUCGAGAGUGUUGGUCCCUUGGUGGUCAGCAAGA